UAUGACGAUAGGGGAGCUAUGAAUAUGAUGCAAAUAGCUAAAUGUUUGGGGAAAGUGGAUUUAUUUGUUGUGCAUAAAGUCAGCGAACCAGACUUCGUGGAAAAUGAGAAUGAGAAUGAAAUUCUUUACCUUUGCCAAGGGCCUGCAGAGAGUGGUGAGGGUAGUGGGUUUGAGGCUGCUGCAGAGGAAAAUGAGGAGGUUGAGAAACAGUGCGUGGUGGACGAAGUUGGUGAUAAGUUGGACACACAUGAUGAAGUGGAGGUAGUGGAGGUGGAGGUGGAGGCAGUUGAGGAAGUUGAGGUGGAGGAAGUGGAGGUGGAGGAAGUAGGUGCAGUGGUGGCAGAGGAAGUGGAGGAAGUUGGUGCAGUGGAGGCGGAGGAAGUAGGUGCAGUGGUGGCGGAGGAAGUGGAGGAAGUUGAAGUGGAGUCUUUGGAUGAAAUACAAAAUAGUAGUGAGGAAGAAGUGGAAGUGGAUGAAGUACAAAAUAGUAGUNAGGAAGAAGUGGAAGUGGAUGAAGUGCAAGUGCAAAACAAUAGUGAGGAUAGUGAUGAAGAUUACAUGGUUGAAGAUAUUGGAAGGGGGUUGUCUGAUGAUGAUUCUGAGGCAAUGGUAGAUUACAAAUGGGAAGUUGGUACUAUUUUUAAUGAUAAGGAGGAUUUUAAGGAAGCAAUUAGAAACUAUGCUAUUCAUACUGGGAGGGAUCUUAAGUUUGUAAAGAAUGAUAAGCGUAGGGUUCGGGUGAGAUGCAUGGGUGCGCAAAAAAAGUGCCCAUGGGUAGCUUACUUAGGAUAUUUGCCAUCAAGAAAGAUUUGGCAGUUAAGGAAGAUUCUUGAUACCCAUGCUUGCAGCAAACAACUAAACAUUAAAAUGAUGAAUAGUAAGUGGUUGAGUCAUGAAGUAGAUAAGGUGUUGCAUGAUAAUCCAACUAUAAAGGUUCAAGAUAUACGUAAUAAAGCACUAAGGAAAUGGAACACCAAGGUAUCAAUUUCCAAAGCAAGAAGGUCCAAGUUAAUGGCAACAAAUGAACGUGAAGGAGAUUUUAAAGAGCAAUUUAGAAGGAUUCAUGCUACGGACAUGAGGUGUUGAGAAGUAACCCGGGGUCAAUUGUUACGAUUAAAGUGAACAGUGAUAAUGGUGAUGCCGUCUUUGAAAGAAUUUACGUAUGUCUGAACGCAUGUAAGAAGAGUUUUGUAAGUUGCAGGCCCAUCAUUUUUUUAGAUGGCCGUUUUUUGAAAGGUCUAUAUCAGGGCAAGUUGCUUACAGCAGUUGGUAGGGAUCCAAAUGACCAAAUGCUUCCCAUAGCAUAUGCAGUAGUUGAAGUUGAAAAUAAAGAUAAUUGAAGUUGGUUUUUGCAAUUAUUGAUUGAAGACCUUGGUGGUGAUGAAAUAUGUCGAGCAUGCACGUGGAUGUCUAACCAACAAAAGGGGUUGGUACAUGUUAUUGAAGAGCUUUUGCCUAAGGCAGAGCAAAGAUUCUGCAUCAGGCACCUUUAUGCUAACUUCAGGAAGCAGUUUAGUGGUCAAAUAUUGAAGAACUUGAUGUGGAGUGCUGCAACAAGCACGCACCCCCAGUCUUGGGAGAGAGAGAUGUUGAAUAUGAGAGCAGUGAAUGAGGAAGCUUAUAAAUACCUCAUAGGUAU